AUGGUCCUUUCGUCUUCAGCAGUAAGUGUGGGUAAUCAGUCUUCUAUGCCUCUGUCUGUACCUUUGGUUUCUCAAUCGAUUCAUUUUCCCCCAAAUUCUCAAGAACCCGGUGUUUCUCUCAGAUCUACAAAUCUUCCAAUUUCUCGAUCUUCUUCUCUUCCUCAAAUUAACUUUUUCGGCCAAGAUUCAUCAGGGAUUCAGUAUCCUCUUUCGAUUCAGAGUUCCCUGGUUCCUCAAACUUCUUUAGAUCCUCAUCUACCUAUUCCACGACAGUCUUCGAUCGCGAAUGUUCUUUCGGCGGAUUCUGGUAACUCAUCUUUGGGAAAUGGUUUACUAACUUCGACUGGGAUUCCCAAACCAGCGAAGAGGGUUGUUUACAACAAUGGUGAACCUGGAAUGAAAAAGAGGAUUGCAAAAGGGGAUGAGGAGAAAGGGAAUGGGCAGAAUGUUGAGGUAAAUCAGCAGAAAGAGAUCAAUAUUCAGAGUGGAGUGGAUCAUGUUGUGAUAAAUAUUGCUGAUAAAGGGAAAGGAAUUGUACAGACUAUGCCAGGAGGAAAUCAGAAACAAGCUUUUAAAAGAAAAGAAGUUGUUCAUAAGCCAGAGAUUGGAAAUAGAUUCAGUGCUCUGGCUUUUGAGGAACAGAGUCAUAUUGUGGAAAGUGGAGACAAUUUGAUUGAGCCAGCUGCACAAGUUGGGGAAAAAAUUGUUUGCAUGAAGUAG